UUGCACUCAACUUUGAAAACUGGUCUCAAUACUCGAGUAGCUAGAGGUCUGCUAUGGCCAAGAGACUGUAAUUGCAUCUCGAGAGGCUUUCUCUCGCACAUCUCGGGUGAACGGGAUGAGACCGGCUACCCUCCCACGCGCGUGGCUAGCGCAGAGUCCGACUCGGAACGACUGUAUGACCACGACGGAGUGAUCGAAAAUUUCAUCUGGUACAGAUAUGAAGGAAGCCGGGUCCGACAUGCAUGACCUUGAAAGCCCUCGGAAAGCGUGGUCUCCGUUUUUGCUGGGUGCGCUGCCCAUGGGGCUGUGUGCCCUGGUCUUAGUUGCUCUCAUCGCGGCGCUGGACGUUCUGUAUCG